UCCUCACAGAACCAAGAACAUGGCGCAGAACACCAGCUUCAGCCUGCAACACUUGGAUCGCUGCUUCACUGUACAGCUAUCCUGGGCUUUGCAGCCACUUAUGCUCUUCUCCAUACGCUCGGCCUAGAUUGCACGUAGGAGCCAGCUGCCGCCCCCUCGUCCUAUCAGGCUCCCGCAUCGAGCCCCUCGCAUCUCCUUCCCACUGCAUGCGUCUGUCACACAUCCACUCGAAUCGAUGCGUCUCUUAAACUAUGACGAACAUGGCGAGCUCAACAUUAUCAGCUUUGACGAUUCUGCAAUACCACCAUAUGCGAUACUUUCACACACAUGGGGAGCAGAUGCGGAUGAGGUUACUUUUGCAGACCUUGUGACAGGCGAUAGCAAGGCUAAGUGUGGCUGCGAGAAGAUUCGCUUCUGCGGACAACAAGCAUGGCAAGAUGGCCUACAAUAUUUCUGGGUCGACACAUGCUGCAUCGAUAAGACGGAUAAAGCUGAGCUCUCCCACGCUAUCCGGUCCAUGUUUCGCUGGUACCAGAACGCGACGAGAUGUUAUGUGUAUCUAUCGGACGUAUCGGCAAGGAAAAGGAAGCUUGGCGAUAUAUCUACCAAGUUUACUUGGGAGCCUGCUUUCAGGGCAAGUCGAUGGUUCAUGCGUGGCUGGACGCUUCAAGAGCUUCUUGCCCCAAGCAUAUCAUUAAUUCACAAAAUCACCAGCAUACAAUGCGAAGUGCUCGACGGAACCCCUCUUUCCCAGUUCAGCAUCAACGAACGGUUGCGGUGGAAGGAAGGCCGGGUGACCAAGCACGAAGAAGAUGGAGCAUACUCGCUGCAAGGCAUUUUAGAUGUCGAGCUAGCGCCAGUAUAUGGCGAAGGUGCAGUUGGCGCCUUCAGGCGCCUUAUGGACGAGAUCGAGGAUUUAAAAAGAUGUGUCCAAGACAUACACAGUACAGAUCCGCAUAACGACAAGAAACGCAUCGAGGAGACGAAAGGCGGACUGCUAGCUGACUCCUACCGCUGGGUCCUUAAUAACACUAUUUUCCAGCAAUGGCAACAGGACAAGUGCAGUCGACUGCUGUGGGUAAAAGGCGAUCCUGGCAAGGGCAAGACGAUGCUGCUCUGCGGCAUCAUCGACGAGCUGCACAGCUCGCUACCUAAAACUGCCUCUCUAGCGUACUUCUUCUGCCAAGCGACCGACUCACGCAUCAACAGCGCCACGGCCGUGCUGCGAGGGCUGUUGUACAUGAUUGUGAGCCAGCAACCGUCACUUGCAUCGCAUGUCCGCAAGAAGCACGAUCAUGCAGGCAAGGCCUUAAAUUUCGCAGAUGUACUUCGAGACCCAGGGCUCAGCACUACCUACCUAAUUGUCAACGCACUAGACGAGUGUGCCACUGACCUGCCAAAACUGCUCGACUUUGUCGCAAAGCAAUCAUCUGCGUCUUGCCGCGUUAAGUGGAUUGUUUCAAGCCGCAACUGGCCGAACAUCGAGGAACAGCUAGAACGGGCAGAAGACAAAAUGAGACUGAGCCUUGAGUUGAACGCAAGGUCGGUCGCGACAGCGGUUGACAUCUUCAUCCAGCGAAAGAUGGACCACUUGGCACAGACAAAGCAGUAUAAAGCAGAAGUUCGAUCUGCCGUGCUCCAACACUUGAUAUCGAACGCCAACGGUACCUUCCUCUGGGUAGCGUUGGUGUGCCAAUGCCUCGAGGCGACACCAAGGUGGAAUGUGCUGAAAAAGCUAGCGCUAUUCCCGCCUGGACUAGACUCUCUGUACCAACGGAUGAUGCAGCAGAUCAGUGAGUCAGACAGUGCUGAGAUCUGUCAGCAAGUGCUGGCAUCGACGGCGAUCCUGUAUCGACCUGUUACAAUCUUCGAGUUGACUGCACUUGUGGAGCCGCUUGAAGACUUAGCCGAUGACCUGGAGUCUGUGCAGGAAAUUAUCGGUCUCUGUGGAUCGUUCCUGACUCUGCGAGAAGACAUUGUCUACUUUGUGCAUCAGUCAGCACAAGAUUUUCUUUUUGCAAAUGCAUCUGACAAGGUCUUUCCAUAUGGGACCGAAGGCACACAUCGCGUCAUAUUUUCAAGGUCACUUGCGAUUCUGUCCCGGACAUUGCACAGGGACAUGUACAGCCUGAAAGCGCCGGGGUUUCACAUCGACAACGUUCAACCGUCUGACCCUGACCCACUAGCAGCGUCACGCUACCCUUGUGUCUACUGGAUUGACCAUCUGUACGACUCAAAACCCAGGUUGCAGGCAAACAGUACCAGUGACCAGCAAGUCACGGGCGUUGUUGAUAAAUUCCUAAGGAAUAUGUAUCUUUACUGGCUAGAAGGGCUGAGUUUGUGCAAGAGCAUAGAAAAAGGUGUAGUCUCGAUAACAGAACUAUGGUCAUUAGUACAGGAUAUGCGUGGUCAAAGCAAAUAUGCUCAACUAAUUGAAGACGCUUGGCGAUUCAUCAUGUAUCACAAGGUGGCAGUCAGGAGUUACCCACUCCAAACUUAUGCAUCUGCGCUGUUGUUCAGUCCAACGGCCCCAGCAGGAAUUAUGAUUAAACUAGCUGUGAGCAAUACAUGGGGUGCGUGCCUGCAGACGCUUGAGAGCCAUAGCGACGUGGUCAGGUCAGUAGCCUUCUCGCAUGACUCGACCAAGCUGGCAUCAGCAUCAGACGACAAGACUGUCAAGAUCUGGGAUGCUAGCAGCGGCGCGUGCCUGCAGACGCUUAAGGGUCAUACCGACUGGGUCAGGUCAGUGGCCUUCUCGCACGACUCGACCAAGCUGGCAUCAGCAUCAGACGACAAGACUGUCAAGAUCUGGGAUGCUAGCAGCGGCACGUGCCUGCAGACGCUUGAGUACCAUAGCAGUCUGGUUAAAUCAGUGGCCUUCUCGCACGACUCGGCUCAGUUGGCAUCGGUAUCAUACGGCAAUACUGUCAAUAUCUGGGAUGUUAGCAACGGCGCGCCUUAGCUCAGACAACAUAUGGAUUACACAUGCCGGUAACAAGGUGCUCUGGGUGCCAUCGGACUAUCGAUCGUGGUGCUCGUCUAUGUGCGGAGACAUGGUAGGAAU